UGCAAGUGCAACAUCCAAAUUUCUCAGAAAGUCCUCUCGCUUGUCAUUGUUUCAGAACAAAGCCACCGUUUCCUAAAGGGGAUCAGUAACAAACCCUUGAUCAGCGUGACGCUGAUAUAACUCGCCCUCACACUUCCAGCAGGCGGCCACACCAUCUGCAUCUGCUCCCCUCCCUCGACUUUAGUGGAACCACUCAACUCUGCCAUAGCCCUCAAGCACCAUGGACGCCCGCCUUCGUCGCGUAAACAAGGAGAUCGCUGACUGCAAGAACGACAAGACGUCGAACGUGAAGAUCGACCUCAUUGAUGAGUCGCCGUUCCAUCUGAAGGGCUCGUUUCCGGGGCCAGAAGGCACGCCGUAUGAGGGAGGCCACUUCGAAGUCGACAUCCGGAUACCGGAAACCUACCCCUUCCAGCCCGUUAAGAUGAAGUUCAUCACGAAGGUCUACCACCCGAAUGUCUCCUCCGCCUCCGGCGCCAUCUGCCUCGAUAUCCUCAAGGACGCCUGGUCCCCCGUCCUCACGCUCAAGUCGACCUUGAUAUCGCUGCAGAGCUUGCUGUGCUCCCCCGAGCCGAACGACCCGCAAGACGCGGAGGUCGCGAAGCACUACACGACCUCGAAGCGGAGCUUCGACGAGACGGCGGCGUACUGGACGCACAUCUACGCAGGCGGGCCGCCGCCGAAGGGGAAGGCUGCCGCGGGGGACGACAUUGCGAUGGCGGGGCUCGAUCCGGUGCACGUGAAGAAGUUCGAGGGGAUGGGGUUCACGAGGGGCGCGGUGAUCGAUGUGUUGCGGAGGAUGAACUACCGCGGGGCGAACGCGAGCAAGAUCAACGACGAUAAAGUGGUGGAAGAGCUCCUCAAGUCAUAGCCGACCACCAUGACAUAGUCGAUCGUCCUGUACUCCGUCACUCGCCAUCUAAUCCACCUGCAAUGUAUCCAUAACUCCAUCGCUUUCAUCUAGUAUUCACGGGAUAGGUACCGUCACGAGCCUGCUGUCGUGGCUGAACUGGUGCUCAGUCCUGAAGGCAGUCUCCCACUCGAGACUGGUAAGCAA